CUGGUUCAUCAUAAUUCUGUAAAAGAUAGCUACAAAUAUGGCGGAUUUUAGGUUUAAGAAAAAUGUUUGUGGAAAAACCAGUGCACCACAACAGAUAUGUUAAAGGCCGUGUAUGUGCUCUUCAAUCUAUGGGAUGGUAGAUAUUUCUCGUUGCAGCCAGUGCACCACAACAGAUAUGUUAAAGGCCGUGUAUGUGCUCUUCAAUCUAUGGGAUGGUAGAUAUUUCUCGUUGCAGCCAGUGCACCACAACAGAUAUGUUAAAGGCCGUGUAUGUGCUCUUCAAUCUAUGGGAUGGAGACUGCAAAAACGACCGAAUCAAAAAGAUACUAAUCUCCAGCAAGAUUGUGUACAGCAUGUGUGUCUCCUACAAGGAUUUGUUCAAAAGCGCCAAAAAGGAGAACAGAAGCUUCAGUGAGGGUACGCAAAGGUUCAAGGACGAGUGUCUGCAGGUUAUCUGUGCCAUGAGGAACAGCAAUGGCGGCUCUCUGGUGAUACACACUUACGACAAGCCUGAUAGGGCCUGGUCUCUGGACGGAUUCGACCAGCUCGUCAACAGAGACUGUAGCAUGAUGGUCGAGGAUGACACGCUGUACACGGAGAACUACGAACGGAAAUGGAUUGUGGAGGAAGGCUCAAUGGUUCGUCUCCCCUACCUGCUCAUCACUGUUGAACCUUCCGCCUCCAUCUCCACCUACGACUUCAAAACAAAAGUUGCGCUAGACGGAGACACGGUUCGGCCCAAGGCCAGGGAGAUUGCAACGUAUUUGAAAAGCGUGGGGCGAAAGAGAAAGAUGCAAGCACAGUCAGAACUGAAAGAGAAAUUUGAAGAAGGAGAAGCUACCAACAUCUAUGAGUCAAGAAACGUCCAGAUUAGACAACUGUCUAAUGAACACAUUGAGGAAAAAAUGCGACAACGAACAGCUUCAGGCACGGAUCAACCAACUGUGAGCACAGACAUUGCAGACACCACUACACAACCAGACUCAGACUCUGGCUCCACAACACAAGGGGAAGUAUCAAUAGAAAUGGUCAUAGUCGAAAUGUUUGUUGAACUAGGACUACUUGCGUAUCUUACAGCAUUCUCCAAACUUCCAGGAGGUGGGUUCUUCUACUGUGGGAUUAAGGAAGAGAAAGACACAUUCGAGACUAAGACUGGAAAAAAUAUUAUCGAAGGUAUUGAUCUUACCGAACAACAAAAACAAGACUUAGAAAACAAGCUACAGGGAAUCAUUGCUGAAAAGACCGACUGGUACGAAAACGUGAAUGGUGGAGAUGUUAAAUACAAGAAACUUGACAGCGACAGCAUCCUGAACUAUAUUGACAUUAAAUUUCACCCUACAAGUCAAGGUACUGAUAUGGGUCAAGGUAAACGUAAACAUGUCAUACAGGUGUCGGUGAACAGCAUAUUCAACGGAAUGGUGUUCUAUGCCGACAACUCGUAUCCUGAUCAACCGAAUCGUCCCAUCCCGCUCUCGUUUAGGUUUUCUAAGAAGGGAACAGAAAUCAUAAUCGUACCGGUAGACACAAUCAACUGGUUGAUAUCGGUCGAAAAGGCAGCAACUUUACUGGAACGUUAAUCAAACGAGUUGAGUGAUAUAAAUUUAAAUCGAUUAUUGGUAAUAAAUAGCAUAUUACAUUCGCUAUCAUUUGUAUAAUGUUUAUAUCCCUCGAAAAUAAUUCUGAUUGUCAAUCGCUAAAGCUCCUGACAAAUAAAAGUUAUUUCACUCGGAACAUAAACAUAGACCAACAUGAAAGCUUGUUUAAUAUCCUAUUAUUACAAAUCUGAGUACAACUUCAGAUGUCUCUUUUAUACAUAGCUGCUGUAGAAAGGCAUUUGGCCUGUCUGUUUCUUUAUAGAAGCUGUAGCCAGGUUUCUAGUGCGUCUUUUUGUUUAUAGUAGCUGUACAAAGGGUUCUGGCGUGUCUGUCGGUCUACAUAAGUUGCAGAAUGAUUUGUUAUGCCUCUACUUGUUUAUAGAAGUUGUAGAAAGGGUUUUUACCUGUCUAUUUGUUUAUAGAAGUUGUAGAAUGAUUUUUGACGUGUCUAUUUGUUUAUAGAAGUUGUAGAAAGGUUUUGGAUGUGUCUAUUUGUUCAUAGAAGUCGUAGACAGUUUUUUUGCCGUGCCUAUUUGUUCAUAGAAGUCAAAUAAAGGUUUUUGUCGCGUCUAUUUGUUUAUAGAAGUCGUAGAAAUGUUUUUGCCGUGUGCUUUUGUUUAUAGAAGCUGUGAGAAAGGUUUUUGUCGUGUCUGUUUGUUUAUAGAAGUCAUAGAAAGGGUUUUUGUCGUGUCUGUUUAUAGAAGCUGUAGGAAAGGUUUUUGGCGCGCGCUAUAAAAGUGACCUAACGACACAAGCUGCCUACAUUGUCGUUUAUUGACGUCAACAAAGAUAUGACAUUAUUAAACGUGUGUGCCUCCGAUCCUAUUGUGUCGUUUAUUGACGUGAAAAAAGACUAUGACAUUAUUAAACGUGUGUACCUUCGAUCCUAUAAUGUCGUUUAUUGACGUGAACAAAGACUAUGACAUUAUUAAACGUGUGUACCUCCGAUCCUAUAAUGUCGUUUAUUGACGUGAACAAAGACCAUGACAUUAUUAAACGUGUGCGCAGAGAGACGUGAAAACAUGUUUUAAAUCGGCUCCGUCCUUUAGAAUUUUUUUUGGUCAUAAUAACUAAAUAACUAUGAAGAAAUAGUUUGCAUAAGGCAGGUAACAGUUUUAGUUAAUUACAAUUACGGCUUUUGACGAGACUAAUUUAUAGGGCGAAUCAGUUACUAUAGCAUUAUGUCACCUUGACGCGACAUUUAUUGGCGUGAACAAAGACUAUGACAUUAUUAAACGUGUGUAUCUCCGAUCCUAUAAUGUCGUUUAUUAACGUGAAUAAAGACUGUGACAUUACUUAACGUUUUGUACCUCAGAACAUAUAAUGUAUUUUACUACAGCGGGUGAACUCGACUGUCUUGGUCAAACGUACACGUCUCGUCAUCAUUCGCAGUACACUCAACAAGAGUUACCAAACGUCCCGUUGCCAGUACUUCUAACUAACUGGGAAUUCUUAUUUGACCUAAAUCUGAAGCUGUAAACGACGUUAAGCGAAGAAAAUUUGCGUAAUCCAGGUAACCCAUUAUGUUCAUGUAGAUGAUGUCCUAAAUUAAAUGUUCAAAUGAAAAAUAUAGGUUUCACAAAAUUAGAUUUCCGAUCGAAACAAUGGUUCUCCUAAUUUGCAAAGGUAUCGUUGAAUGAUGCUUCAUGGUAAGAAGUGUUUUGUUCAUGCUGUGAAUAUUGUGCAUAUAAUGUAUGGUAUUAUAUAUUGCCAACACACUACACCACAAGCCACUCGGAAAACGAAAGCUAUUUGUUUUGAUUUAGCAGUUGAGACGGUUGGUAGAUUUUUUGCAUUUUGUUUAAAAAAGGUCACAAGCCACCUUUUCCCGCAUAACAAAAUAUUAAUAAUAAUAAUAAUAAUAAUUUAUUAUAUUAAUUAUUAUUAUUAUUAAUAUUAUUAAUAUUAUUAGAUUUUGUUUUUAAUUUUAAAGUAUUUUAAAGAUCUUAAAAGAGUUUAAAAGAAUUCCAGUCUGACUGGCUUGUUUGAUAUACUGGUUGUGAUAGACCUGUCGGUUAUUCUUUGCAUAGCGUAGCGUAGCAAAUCCUUGCUUACACAUAUCUCUCCUCCUCUACUUAGGACCAAAGUAUCCAGACAACGUUGGGGCAAGGUACUGAUAUUGUUUUACUGUAUAUAUUUGGUAGUCUAUUCCAGUGACAAAUGCUGGUAGAAAAUGACAACUCACAUUCUACUGCGGGGUGGUACCCCGUUGUGCCUAGUUUGUUGUCAAAUUCUAUACAGUUUUGUAGUAAAAAAAACUCACUUGAUAGUAACUUUUAACUUCCCAUGGGCUUAAUGAAUAUUGUUUUAUAAUUAUUAUUAAUUUUAGACCAGCCCAUCUAAAUUUGCACC